UUUUAUCAUUUUAUUUUCAUUCAUAAAAUUUUGAAAAUACCCUCCGUGUGAUGACAUAUGCGAGGCAUGUGCAGAGGCUUUUCUCCUCUGUUCGGUUCGCUCUUGCUUAAAAGAACAACCCUUAUCGGUCGAGGGGUUGUGAAUUGUUGUAAGGGCUUGUCACUCCAGUUUUCGCUUACCAUCGUUGGUCUUGGUAUAAAUCAAUUUUAUUUUUAUAAAUUUAAUCUUGGUUUUCUCGUCGUUGUCUUUCUCGGGUGUUAAUAUAUUAUUUUCGAGUUAAAAUUUUGUUAUAAAAUAUACAUAAAUAUACAACAAUGGAAGAAAUCUGGAUGAAUGCCUGUAGAAAGUUGGAAAUAUCGGACGAUAUAGCUCGCACAUGGUAUGAGAAAAUUCGUCGGAAAAUGGUUCAAGGUUCUGGCCGAUAUUAUCAUAAUUGGGAAGAACUUUUACUAAGGAAACAGGAAUACCUUGGAGAAAUAGGUUCUUCUUCGUCGACAAUUGUGUUUGCUGUUUUCUUUCAAUAUUUCGAAUUCGAUGGCAAAAGGAAUUGUGUUGAAAAGAAUUGUGAAGCAUUUGAAGAGUUUUGUUCUGAUGCUGGACUAAAAGAUGAACACGUCAUAAAAUUAGUAAAAAAGCUUCUUGGUGAUGAAACUAUAGAUGCACUUCCUGGAUAUGAGGAUGAAAUCAAUCUUCUCCAAGAUCUAGAUCUUGUGGUAUUAGGUUCCUCUCCAGAAGAAUACAAACGUUAUAGGGAACUUCUACGGAAAGAAUACUCUCAUUUAGAUGAUUCUAGUUACACAAAAAUGCGCCUAAAGGUUUUGCAAACAUUUCUUAUGAUUCCGACGAUAUUCUCAACAAAUGAGUUUCAAACGAAAUUCGAAGAAACAGCUCGUAAGAACGUAGAUACCGAAAUUAAAGAUUUGAAAAAUUCAUCAAACUGAGGAUGCUAUAGCGAUUUUCUUUUGUUGGUCCUCUUUCCCUCCAAAAUAUUGUUGCUGCAACAAGAUAUUUUUUAGUUAAAUUUUCUGGUUACUCUUACUGACAUAUCGGAUAUAUAAUAUGCAGAGGUUUUCCUUAGUAGUUCGCAUCCGAAUGCUUUUAUUUUUCUUUUAAUUCUUAAAAAUUAUAUGUGGUAUACGUAAAAAUUUAAUUAUAUUUAUUGCUUGUAUAUUGUUGUGAAACUAAUUCAAAAAAGAAAUAAAUUGUACUAAGAAAACCCGAAAA